ACGUGACCCACGCUACCCGCCAUCUUUGCUUAUCGUAUAAACAGUGCGACCGGGCUCCUUGCGAUUUCUAGUAGUAAAUCAGUGGUUUCCGUGUGUUUUUGAGUGAUUCCGACACGAAGAAAUGUCUGAGAUUAAAGCAGAGACCAAGAACGAUAACAGUGUCGACGAUGUGUCUAAGGACCAAACAGUCCAGGAUAAACCAACUCCGACCAAAAAUAAACGUGGAGGUUCAAAAAGGCUGUCGACCUUAGAAAGAACAGCCCAGGAAGGCGAGGCCAUAUUAAAGGGACUAAACACUUCCGUUGGAGAGGUUGAGGGUAGAAGACGUACUCGCAGCUCAGUUCGUGGAUUGGGGAUACCAACGCCUGCUCCAUCUCCUCCAAAAAAGGAGAAAAAGGAAACUGCAGCCAAGGGAACAGGCCGUGGACGCGGGCGACCGAAAAGGCAAGAUAAAAACAAUGAAAACAAUGCGGAAGAAGAGACUGUGAAUAAUCAAAAUGACAAGAGUUCCGUGGACGAAUCGACAAAAAUGGAAGUUGAUGAAAUCAAAGAUGACGAAGUCGACAAACCAUCAAGUGAAGAAAAGAGUCCCGAAGAACCGGUAGAGAGCAAAGAGGUAACGGUAGUGGAAAAGAAACCAGAGCCCAAUUCCAAGGAUGAGAAAACGACGGAGGAGCCGGAGGAUUUACGGGAAAACGCCAAGAGCGAAACAGAUGCUAACUUAGUGAAAAAAGAUGAUAAAGAUGACGAAGUUAAGGACAGUUCGGACUCAAGCCAAGAUGCGACGGAUGCGCCAGCCGAUGUUCAACCUCCUUCUUCACCUUCUUCGGAACCUCAAAAAUCUGCUCCAGUUGCUACCUUGAGCGCGGCAACCGUUUCGCCGACCACCGCUGCUAACACAGCCACCACUCCAACAGGCAAUACAACAACCAUCACUUCUACCACCAAUGAGGAUAAGAAAGAAUAACCUCCCUCCGCCUACUUUAACCACAUCUUACAUGUACCAAGGCGGCGCACACAUCGGGGUUCACAAAUCCAGUCCCCCUCCUCUAUUUUAACUAAGUGACACCUUAUUGUUAAUCGUCAUUCUAAUCAGCGCAUCUUUAUUAUCAUAAUAUUACUAUAAUUAUUAUAGAUAUUGUUAAUUUCUGAAAUUGAGCAUCUGAAAAGCAGUCGCUAUAGAUCAGGGAUGUUGAAUCGGUCAAUCGUGGCUAUUAGGCCAGAAAAUAUAUUUUAUUUAAUUCUGUGGUAAAGAUGUGAGAUUUUUAGAUCGCACAGAGUCUCGACAGUGAAAGGUAGAUCUCGGGAUUGAUCACGUUGUCCAUUCCUGCUUCAGAUGCUUAUAAAAUUUUAUUCCUUUUUUCCUUCAGAUAUAACUCAACUGAGGAGAAAUAAUAGAUGUUCACUUUUAAAUAUAAAUUUGCAUACAUGGAGGUUCGACUUCUCGAAAACAACUUUAUUGCUUGCCAAUAUGUAACACCUUUGAUCACGAUAGUUGUGCUGGUUAGCCGGCGUUAACAAAGUAUGGUGUAGAGCAUACAUUGUUCAUGUACAAUGAUAAUAUUAUUGUAAAAUAUAUUUAAUAUGGACUUAUAUAGAUCCACUGUUUUCAAAUCCGAGCUCGGACCGGAGUUUUUUAUUGAAAAAAAAAAAUAAAUAAAAAGAAAAUAUAAAGAUAAAAAAAAAAAAAAACUAAUUAAUCUCCGAUCGUGGCAUUGAUCUGAAAAUAGUUUUAAUUAAUAUCUUUGUAGAAAAAUUAUUAUAAUAUCUUACUUAUGUGAAUUUACGAUUGAAUGAAACUGAGUAUAUGAAUAUUAUAUGGCGAGGUGAUCUGUCUGGGUCUUUUUUUUGUUUUUCUCCCUUCUCUUGUCAUAGACAGAAAUAAAAUUUCUGAUCAUAUUAUUUGAAAUGAUACAUCUGAUUUAUAGAGAAACACUUACCUGUUACGUCAUUAAAUCGAUUUAUUAUCUUCGAGGAUUUUUCUUUCCUUAUUUCGUUCUCUAUAGUAGACAAGUUUAUUUUUUGAGGAUAGUUUUUUACUCUAUCGAUAAUCCGUUACAGUACUACCGUGCGUAAAACGUACAUGAUAGUGUUACAGAAAUAGUUAUAUAAUAUUGCUUUUACGUCUUGUUUGUCGUUGCUUAUUUCUUUCUAUCUUUCAUUUCCUCUCUCUCUCUCUCUCUCUCGUUUCGUUUUCUCUCGUAAUAUUAAGAAAGCUAAACAGUUUACGAAAUAAUAUAAUAAUAUUAAUGAUCUUUUAGACAAACGUUGAGAAAAAAAAAAAAAUACUUUUUCGACAUCACUUUGCUAUCAAAUGUAUAAACGCAUAUUGUACUGUAAACAUUACGUUACUUUUAUAUAAAAGAAAAACUAACAAAAAAAAAAGUGAGAAAAUAUCUAAAAAUUCAAUCAAUUCUCAAUUUUGUUGUCUCUCCUGGUCCAAUAUUAAAUAUGUUGAUAUUAUUGUGUAUCUGAACGGUUGUGAGUGUACAGAUAGAUUAUAUGAUGCACUAUAUCCAGCAAAGAAGACCGCACGUAACGAGAAUUUCCAAUCACGUUGAGAAUCAAUUAUUCUGUUGUUAUAGUUGAUAAUUGUUGAACAGUUUUUAAAUUAAGCGUCAAUGAAUAUUGCAAUAUAUAUAUAUAUAUAUAUGUAUACACGUACCUAUUGUUUGUAUUCUGAACUUUGAUAAUCAACAAUAUCAAUCAUGUUUUUCUAUUAUUCGUGCGAUUACCUCGCGUGGCUUCUUAAAAACAUUCCAACAAGAAAUAAUAUUUACAUCUCCGUUUAUAAAUAGAUCUUAAAUAAAUUAACGAAUGUAUCAGCAUUCGUUAAACUAAAUUGAGGACAAUCGUGUUUUAUAAAUUGGAAAACAGAUAAUGGAGAGAAAGUAAGAAUUGGAAAAAAUCUUGGUUAUAACGAAACUUGCUCGAGAUUGUUGAUAAAAAGGAUAAAGUCUAGUUUCUUAAAUAAUCGCUGUACUAGGACCUUAUAGAUAUUAUUAUCAUAGCCCGUGUAAAUAGUGAUAGCAUGAUGAAAGAAAAAUGAUGAGUAAGGCAGAUUCAGAAUUUGCUGACAAUGAGUGUGAAAUUAGGUAAGGAUAAAAUUUUUUGCAUGUAUCGCGGAAAUUAAGGAUAUUUGAUUGAUACUUUGAAAAGAAGCAAAUGAAAAAUUCGUCUUGUGGUCUCGUUGGGUGCGGCUCAGAUUUAGCAAUUAAGUAUAGCGUUAACAUAUUAAUUGAAUGAUUAUUAUAUAAACAAUAUUGAAUAUAAAAGCUGAUACCGUCGAGUUGACAACUCGCUGUAUAAGUGUUAAGAAGUAAUGAAAUAUAUUAGCAUUUUAUCAUAUUAAUAUUAAACUUGACAAAAAUAACAUUACACGCGUAUGAAAAAAAGAAAGAGAAAAAAAUAUCAAAUCAUUAACGAAUGAAUUGUGGAUGUAAGACAUGCAAUAGUUUUUAUACAUAUUUUCCUUUGGGUUCGAAGCAAACUUUUUAACGAACUUUAUUGUGUAGCUUUUUUCGCCGUUUGUUAAUUCUUUCUAGGUAUGGGUAUUUGAGACGUACCUAACAAUAAGUACUCCUCUGUUUCUGUUGACUUUAUUGCUAUUAUUUUUAUAGUAGGAGUUAAUUGAUGACGAGGAUGAUGAUCAUGAUUAAUCAAUUGGCGAUUGAUAGACUUUUGUAACGAAAUUGCUUCAAUCAAUAAAAUCAUUAAAUAAGUUUUAAUCUCACUCAUAUGACACGGUCCAUCUGUGCCGGUCGAUCAAUGUUUAUACAUUACCGGAACCAACUUAUCUGUUAUCUGUUGAUUAUCGAGCGAAAAAUUAGACUGAAGUGCAAUGAACCGAGAUUCAGUAAAUUUU